AUGAGAACGUUUCCGCCGGACGAUGAGAAUAUCGUGCUCGUCGAAUUGAUGCUGGGUAGCUCUCGGAGCAUCGCUGACGAGCACGAACUUUACUUUUUUCGGUCUGAGGUUCCAGACAUUCCAACAAUCCCUGUCGGUGCCGGUGUGGGUCACCCUUUUGCAGUUUCUUUAUCAAGCGCGGCUCUACAAGAGGCUCUAUGGCGUUCGUAUAUUAGAAGAAGAAUACCCGCUCUGUCAAUUAAGCGCAAACUGGCUGCCGGCGAGGACAGCGAAGAAAGUGACGAUGCUGAAUCGUGCGCCCCCGAUGCAGGCAAAGCGAGCCCGCAGCUAGGCAAAUAUCGAAAGCGGAGACGUACUAAGAGGAAAGAAAGAGAAGAGGCCCCUGGUGAUGAAGAAACGAAGCGGUCUAGGUUGGAAGAGCUGUUGGCGACUACUGAGGAGACUCUGCCGCCUCUACCUCCUCUAGAUCCUGAAAUCGAUGCACUUAUUAGUGUUGUGUUGCCUGGACUUGAAGAUGCAUUGACUGCAGACGCUUGGAUGUUUGAUGAUGACGACGACUUCGAGUUCGAACUCCCCAAAUUGCCAAAAGCCGGCCCUAGUGGUGGAGACGCCACAGUAGAUGCGUGGCUAGGGAGUGAGGAAGCUGAGAAUUUAGGGGAGGCGUUGGACGUGGUGGCAGGCAGCUGGAAGCCUUCUACACCACCAAGUACAAGCGAACCUAGCGGGGCAGAGCCUGCGGAAACAGGGAAAGGCGAGGGGCCGUCAGACGCUGCCACUUCAGAAGACUCGAGUGGUUCUGAAGCGAUUCCUAGCUCCGAAACGCCACGAAGUGAUCAUUCUGAACAGGCGGUCCAGCGUUCAGACGAAGUAUCGUCUCAGCCAACUGCAGCUGAUGCUGCCACGGCUGCUACGCAGGAAACGGCAGAAGACUCAUUUCGCACUCGGAGCCAAGAUGUACCCUUGUUGCUUGCGGAUUGCUUGAACCUACUGACUUUGCCCUAUCUGAGCACCGACGAGUUUGACCUUCUUUUGGGCUACACGGAACGCCUGGCUGGAUAUGCAGCCGGCAUGAUGCCAGUCAAUUGCACAGGACGAUCUGCUGUCGGAGUUUUUGGAAGGAUUUUUAUUGUUGUGGACACUCUAUUCUGCUCAGCAGAAGUACUUGGACAGAGUGCAAUGAAAAACGUGUGGUGGCCGAAGGUACUCCGCCAUAUAGAAGGUGCAUGGGAUGGCCAGAUGCAAACAACUGGAGCCAUUUCGGUGCCUGAUUGGAAAGCUCGCGUUCUAAAUGCACUUUUCGUUGCGUUAGACCACUACAGGGUGGGGCAAAGGCCUCCCUUGCAUCUUGUGAUUGGCUUGAAAUUUGCUCUUUUUGUAUCACCCGUCUCGACGGGGUUUCAGAACCCCAAAUGGGACCCUUGGAGGAAAGCAGCAGCAGAAUGGCUUGUGUCUAUGAAGGAAGAAUCACAGGCGAGCGGUCAGUCAUCACAAGAGUCAACAGGCGGCCAGUAG